UGCUAGAUUCGGAGUAUGUGAAUGAGCUGAGAGCUGUCAGUGCACAAAGCAGCAGAAUCCUGUGUGACUGUGAGGAAAGGACACAGACUUUGCUCACAAAGGGCUAGAACUGAGUGACUGCUUUCCUUCCACACCCUGCUUUCGCAUCUCUGGGCUGCAUCUUCAUUGUAACUUGUUCUGCAAAGAUUGAAAUUUAACAAGCUGAGAUCUGACUGUGGGUCCUCAGUGCUGAAGUAUACUCCAGUUCAAUCCACAUCCGAGUGCCACCAUGGGAAGUCUAUCAGAUUGCACAUUGUAAAAAGAAACAAGACUUGAGGAGUAUUUGAUGUGAUCAUUGCUCUGAAACCUCUCAAACAUCAGAUUGUAACCCUCAGCAGAUUUUAGAAGCUCAUUCACAGUAAGAAAUCACUGUUGCCAAUGACUUAAGAUGGGCCGCUUUGAACGUGUCAAGUACGCGAUGGUUGCCUUUAAUAUUCUGAUCUGCCUAAGUGGACUUCUUCUCCUGGCAGCUGUGCUAUUGCUGUUACUUUAUCCCUCUGCGAUCAGACACAUCGUGUCAAUCAAUACGGUUGUCUUUGCUGGAACUGUUUACAUCAUUGUUUUAUCUGUUGUGCUCCUCAUUCUUGGAAUUCUGGGAAGUGUCGCGGCCUACCGGGAGAGCAGGGGUCUGUUAAUGCUUUUCUUCAUGCUAAUCUUGGUGGUCUUCAUGGCCGAGCUGGGCGCUGCCAUUAGUGCUUUACUCUUCAAAUAUCAAUUGACAAAGGAGUAUUUUGAAGAUGAUCUGAUAAACUAUUACACAGGAGACAAUCAGACCAGUACUUACACCGCCUCGACCAAUUCCAUCAUGAUUUCAUUUGAGUGCUGUGGCGUAAAUGGUCCAAAGGAUUUCUUGCACACCUUAGAGUUUGUCAUUCUAAACCCUUUCCAUGAGGUACCAGAGGCUUGUUGCAAGAGGGACAAACUCACAGCCGACAGAGCAAUCAUCAAUACGCACGAAUGUUUCGCUGGAACUGUUGACUUCAUCAACAAUAAGGGCUGCUUCGAUCUCAUUUCAGAGAAAGUGGAAUAUUAUCUUUACGGGCUUGGAGCACUGAACAUUUGGAUCUUAAUAAUUGAGAUAUUUGUGAUGAUCUUUGCAAUCUGGCUCUACCAACGAGCUUAGAAGAGCUCUCUCCCUGGUUGUUAACGUUGUUUAAUAUUGACAGAAGCAGACAGUCACCUAGUGGCAACUGUAGGAACUGCAUCACUUUGUGGAGCACCUCAAUGUAAUGGACACUUCAAUCAUUCUUACCAUCAGACUCUGAGCUGAAAGUAUGACUUGUGACAGAAGACUGGACUGGGAGUUUGACCAGAGGCUACAAACCCAGGUGGAAACAACACAGUGGGGAAGAAGGUGGAGAGCAGUGCGGAUUUGUAAAUGAAUGAACAUACACAUAAUAUCUACACAAUGUACAAGAAAGAAACAAUAGAUCUUACCUCCAGAAUCAAUGACUGACAUUGUCAACUUUCUUUGUUGCUGUGAGAUGCAAUGUGUAAUUCAUAUUGUGAAUGAUUUAUUUUUCAAAUAAUGUUCUGGUUGAUGGCGAGUGAUGUCAGGGACCACGGAGUGCGGGUUUGUGGGGUGAGGGUUGAUGCUGUUGGACAGGGGUGAGAAUGGAUGCUGUAGGAUGGGUGAUAUAGGAUGGAUGCUGUAGGAUGGGUGAUAUAGGAUGGAUGCUGUAAGAUGGUGAUAGAGGAUGGGUGCUGUAGGGUGGGUACUAUAGGGUGGGUGGUAUAGGAUGGGUGCUGUAGGGUGGGUGCUGUAAGAUG